AUCUAAAACCCAGCAGACCAAACAAGGCCUCCGACCUCCGUUCAUCUUCCCCUCUUUCUCCAACUUCUCCCAAGUCCUAAAUUUAUAUAUAGCCUCUUCCUCUUCCUCUUCCUCUUCCUCUUCCUCUUCCUCACUUGGUAUCUUCAAGUAGAUAGCUAGGCUGUGUACCUGUAAACAUGGUGAAGGAGGUGCCAUUUGUUGUCUGCAUUUUGGCAAUCUCCAUUAUUGCCAUUGGAUUUGUGGACUGCGCGUCUCCUACGCCAUCGGUCGAUUGCUCUACUGUCUUCUUAAACAUGGCCGACUGUUUGUCGUAUGUUAGCAGUGGAAGCACGGUUUCCAAGCCUCAGGGUGCGUGCUGUAAUGGGUUAAAGACCGUCCUCAAUACCAAACCUGAAUGUCUUUGUCAAGCCUUCUCCAACAGUGCCCAGUUUGGUUUUACACUGAAUCAGACCAAGGCCGCUGGACUUCCCGCUGCAUGUGGGGUCUCUGCUCCUGCAGCCACCAACUGUGGACUGUCUGGUAGUGCUCCCAGCUCUCCUCCUGCACCUUCGCCCAAGACUCCAUCCCCACCUCCAAAAUCACCCACCACGCCAGCUCCAUCGCCACCUCCGGUCGCUAAGGCCCCUGCCUCCAACGUCGGUGCCCCACCGCAAUCUGGUCCUGCCCCCUCAGCACCGGUUUCUCCGCCAGUUCCCUCACCAGAAAGCUAUACUACUGCCAAGUCGCCAGCUCCUGCACCCGUGAGUGUGAGUGAAUCUCCAGCUCCGGUGCCUGCAAGUGAAUCCCCAUCCAGUUCUUCCGCAGAGGCUUCCGUCAGCUCAACAGUUGGGUCUCCAGUUCCUACACCUGUGAGUCCUCCUGUCACCGACACAUCAUCUUCAGCGCAGUUGGGUGCUUCCUCGCUUCUGGUGUCGUUGGUGGUUGUUUUUCUUGCUCUAGCCAUUGCUUAUUGAUCCUCCUUCUAAUUUUGUGUCAUUUAUGUUUUCUCAUAGCUACGGUGUUUACCACUAGCUUGAUGAUUUGUUAGAUUUGAUAUUUGUAUUCACUUUGGAAAGGAACCCGAGACAUGCAUGGCAUUCUUUUGUUUCUUUUGCA